AUGUCCUCUGAUUUUUGGGCCAGUUAUGCGUCAGGUGCAUUCGGCAUUCUUAUUGGCAACCGGUUGGACGUCCUAAAAGUCAGAGCCCAAGCAAGUGGUGGUAGCACGACACCUGUUGGGCUCUCCGAGCCUGCCACGAAAUUUCAGCAAUUCACAGGCCUUUUCAGAGGUGCAGCUGCACCUAUUCUGGGCUACGGAGCGCUGAACUCAAUCUUGUUCGUGACUUUCAAUAGGUCCUUGAUAUGGAUGGAUCCAAGCAUCUUUGAUUACACAAAGCUUGCAGGAGUUGACCUGGGCAAGAUCUGGGCGGCCGGUGCAUUCGGAGGACUGGCCACCUUCGUGGUGUCUGCACCCUCCGAGUUGAUUAAAUGCAGAGCCCAGCUGGUUGUGGACGGCCAGGGAUCAUCCUUUGGUGUCUUUAAAGAGAUUUGGAGACACAGAGGCAUCAAAGGCAUGUAUUAUGGUGGGACAAUCACUGCUAUACGAGAUGCAGUAGGAUAUGGCUGGUAUUUUUGGUCGUAUGAGUUAAGCAAGCGCUUGCUACUGUCAAGACAGCCGGACCCUUUCCUUCCUCCUACAGCAGCAGACGUGCUAAUAAGCGGUGGCAUCGCUGGAGUUAUCACAUGGGUGUCUAUCUAUCCAUUGGACAUCGUCAAGACUCGCCUUCAGACUCAACCCGCCUGGCAGCCAGAGAGACAAGGGCUUCUCGCAACUGGAUGUGCGAAUACCCGACAGGUCCAUACCUCUGUGGAACUGGCUCGAGAGAUCUGGCAAAACUCUGGCAUUGCUGGCUUUUACCGGGGAAUCGGUGUCUGCAGUUUGAGAGCGUUCAUCGUGAAUGCUGUUCAGUGGUAUGCUUAUGAAAAGAUUAUGGAUCUUUUCGCAAAAUCUGGAUGA